AUGAAGACCACCUUCGCUCUGUCUGCCCUCACCUCGAGCGUGCUUGCCGCUCCUACUACUUUUCAGCUUGCCAUCGGUGGCCUGAAGGAGAUUAACAGCCGUGCCAUUUAUACCCAGGGCGAUGCCUUCAUCGUUGCUCCCGACACUACCACCCAUGGCAUCAACUUUGUUCAAGGAUUUAGAACCCUGAAGAUCGCUAACGGAGCGUCUGUUUAUGUUGGAUCUGACGGCCACAUCGACGUUGAUGGAGGCGAGCCAGUCCCUACUGAUGGCUUGACCACUGGUUUUACUAGCAGCGGCAAUUCUAUCAAGUGGUCUGGUGGUAGCUUCUUUGCCUGCCCUAAGAAGUCUUUCUUCGCUGGCGACUAG